ACGCAGUGUUGUAAAAGUGGCACAAAUGCAUGAAAAAACAUGGCCAAAGAAAAGGACGCGAUAAGAAAGUUUGUUGUGGCUCAACUGCAGAAGUGCUCGGACCUCAGCACACUGACUUUAGGCAUUCUGAGGAGGAGAUACCUGGAGAAAGUGGGAAGAGAGUCGCUCAGUGCACAGGACAGACAGCUGAUGAAGGUUAUUGUUGAGGAGGAGCUUUUGAAGAUGCAGGCUAGCAGUGACGAUGAGCCUCUUAUUAAGAUGGUGAAUCCAUCAAAGACCCAGAGCAAAAGAAAAAGAGUGGAUGAUGAAGACGAUGAGGAGGAAGAGAGGAAAGUGAUGGAUAGGACAAAGCGAUCACGGCUGGAGGAGUCUCCUCCACCAGAUUCCCCCGACUCAGGCAUAGAGAAGGCUAUGAAUGAGGUAGGACAUAAAGAAGAAGCGGGAAGUGAUAAAGACACAGAUGAAGACAGUGAGGAGGAGGAGAAAGAGAAAAUGAAGGGAAAACCACAGAAAAAGAAAGGAGGGAAGAAAAGCCCACAGGUUGAAGACAACAGGAAGAAAAAGAAACUAAAGAAGAAGACGAUUGAAAGUGAUGAAGAUGAGGAGUUGGAGGAUUCUGAGGAGGAGGAAAGACAAAAACCGAAAGAGAAAGAGGAUUCAGACAGCGAGGAAGCGGCUAAAAGUGACUCUGCGAGCGAUUCUGAGGACGAAAAACCGAAGAGCAAAACAAAGACACCGAGCAAGAGAAAAGAUAUAAGAAAAAAGAAGCCAGUUGAGAGGGAUGUCGUGAAGGAAGUGGAGAGAGAGGUAUUUGGGAGCAGCUCGGAGAGUGAAGAGGAGAAAAACCAGAGCGCUAAAAUAAAAAAUGGCAGCAUCUCUGAAGAUGAAAGUGCUGGAGACAGUGACGAGGAGAGAGAUAAGAGUGAAGAUGCUGCUGGUUUACCCUCUAAAGAGACGAAGAAUAAUGAGAAGUUACGGGACGGUCAGGAGGAAGCAGAGGACUCUGACUCCUCAUCUCUUCCCUCACUGGAGGACGAGGAGGAGCAGGAGAAAGAGAAGACCAAGAAAGAGGGGAAGAAAAGCGUGAGAAAGAAGAGCAGCGAAGAGAGGGAGAACACAUCCAGAGGAAAGGAUGAGGAGAAUAAGGCUGUGUCCAGACUGAAGCGCUACAUCGCCCUCUGUGGAGUGAGACGAAACUACAAAAAGCUGCUGGAUGGCUGUCGAUCUGUAAAGGCAAAGGUGGCUGUGCUGAAGAAAGAGCUGGAGGAGCUGGGUGUGGAAGGUCAGCCCUCGAUAGAAAAGUGCAAAAAAGCUCGACUAAAGAGAGAAGAAGCGCAAGAGCUGGCUGAGCUGGACAUGAGCAACAUCAUCACCACUCAGGGACGACCCAAAAGGAGAGCAGCAGCAGCAGCAGUGUGGCCCCCGGCCCAGAAUGCCUCCCCUCCCUCCUCCGCUUAUAAACGUGUUGUGGACUCUGACUCGGACAGUGGAGACAGUCACACAAACAGGGGCCGCAAGAGAGGAGCCUGGGCCAACCUACACGGCAUCAUUAGUGAUGAUGGAGACAGUGAGUAGAUGGCCAGUCCCGUCUAUCUACAGUCCAUUCCGUGAGUUCACUCCAUUUCACAAGGAACUCUGUAAAUCUGUUCAACUUGCUCUUAUACAUCAAUCUGUUCCUGGGCAAAGUAAUUUUAUGUGUGUGCUCCUGUGAUUUCAUUCCAACGUCUUUGUGUUUUUUUCUUACGUGUUUUAUAAUGGUCAGUUUGUACUUUGAACGAUAUUUAAGUGUCUUAAAUGUGUUAAAUAAGGUGUAUGCAGCUUUGAAAAUAAAAUGACAUAUGUUGAAUUGGC